UCCCCGCCCCCGCCCCAACCCAGAGCCGCUCCGUGGCCGCCCUUGGAGUAGUUCCCCGGCGAGCACUGCAGAGGCGGCGUCGACGGCAGCGGCAGCGUCGCCCGGACGCACGCGCGAGCACCCCCCCUCCCGGGCCCGCUUGGCUUGGUUCCUCCUUCACCCCGCUCUGCACCUUCGGGCCGCCCCGAGGAGAUGGCCGUGUCGAACGUCCCGGCGUCCGGGUCCUGCGUCGGCGGCAACGGCGGCGGCCGUUAUUCCCCAACGGCCGCUCCCUAACGGCCGCCGCCUGCCCUCCCCCCCCCAGCGCUGAGGGAAGAGCUUGACCUCAGAAGGAAGGCGGCGGCGGCGGCGAGGAGAAGGAGCUGCCCUCCAGUAAACCAGACAGCAGACCCGCAUUCUUCUUCUCCUUCCUCCUCCUCCUCCUCCUCCCUCACCUCAGCCCUUUCCGGCGGCGGCGGCGGCGGCAGGAUGAUGCUGAACUCGGUGCUGUUCGGCGAGAUGGCGGCGCGGGCGUUCUCCGGCGGCUCCCCGGCGGCGGCGGCGGCGGCCCAGGCGGAGGGGGGCGGCGGCGGCGGCGGCGAGGGCUCUCCGGCGGCGCUGCGCAACGACCUGGGCUCCAACCUGCACCUGCUGAAGGGGCUCAACGUGCGCUUCCGCUGCUUCCUGGCCAAGGUGCACGAGCUGGAGCGGCGCAACCGGCUGCUGGAGAAGCAGCUGCAGGCGCAGCAGACGCUGAGCGAGCGCGAGCGCCGCCUCCGCUACAAGCGCUUCCCCCGCCACCAGGCCGUGCAGACCGACCCGCCGCCGCCCGCCAUGCCCGCCGCCCCCGCCGCCUCCACCAUGCCGCCGCCGCUGCCUCCUCCGCCGGCCCCGUCGCCCUCGCUGGGGGCCUUCCCGUCCUCUUCCCCGCCGGCCCCCCAGCUGCCCCACUCGCACUCGCACCCUCCGGCCUGCGCCUCCUCCUCCGCCGCCUCCUCGGCGCACAACUACAGCCGCCUGCCCGGCACCAUCUGGAGCUACCGGCAGGUGCGGCGGACGGGCGGCGGCGGCCUGGAGACCCUGCAGGGGCCCGGCGUCUCCUGGGUGCACCCGGACGGCGUCGGCGUCCAGAUCGACACCAUCACGCCGGAGAUCCGCGCCCUCUACAACGUCCUGGCCAAAGUCAAGCGCGAGCGCGACGACUACAAGAGGCGAUGGGAAGAGGAGUUGGCAAAGCGAAUGCAUCUUGAAUCGAUGGUAGAGACGCUCCAAGAGGAAGCACAAGAAGCUGAAGCGCUCCAGGAAGAGUUAAAUGAGAAAAUCGAGCGGCUGAAGGCAGAGCUGGUUGUCUUCAAGGGCCUGAUGAGUGAUCCUAUGACAGACCUGGACACAAAGAUCCAAGAGAAAGCCAUGAAGGUGGACAUGGACAUCUGCCGGCGAAUCGAUAUCACAGCCAAGCUGUGCGAUGUAGCACAGCAGCGCAACUCUGAGGAUGUUUCCAAGAUCUUCCAGGUGGCUUCCAAGAAGAAAGAGCGGAAGUUGGCUGUGGAGGACGACCCCUCUGAGCAGGAUCCGGACAACACUCGCUUCUCGGACGACGAAGUCAGCUGUUCUCUGAACAUCACGGAUGAAAUGAAGCGGAUGUUUAAUCAGCUGCGUGAGACCUUUGACUUUGAUGAUGACUGUGACAGCUUGACGUGGGAGGAGAACGAGGACACUCUGCUCCUCUGGGAGGACUUUACCAACUGCAACCCCUCUCUUGAGCUCCAGGGGGAGGAGGAAAACUUGGGCAACUUGAUCCAUGAAACCGAAUCGUUCUUCAAAACGAGAGACAAAGAAUACCAGGAAACGAUAGGACAGAUUGAGCUGGAGCUGGCUACGGCCAAGAGUGACAUGAACCGCCACCUCCACGAAUACAUGGAGAUGUGCAGCAUGAAGCGGGGCCUGGAUGUCCAGAUGGAGACCUGCCGGCGGCUCAUCAAAGGCUCUGCGGAAAGAAAUUCUCCGUCUCCCAGUUCGUUAGCCAGCAGCGACUCAGGAAACACGGACGAGAUCCAAGACGAAUUUGACAGAGAAGCAGACGUUGAGCCCAUGGUCAGCUGAUGAAGAACCAGGGCAUCCCGGCGAAAGGGGACAGAGAAGAAAAGCAACAGAAAACCUAGAAAAAGGAGAGAGAGAGAGAUCAGAAAGACAGAGAUUGCAAGCCCUGGUCCAGGAUCCCCAAGGACUGGGGUCGUUGUGUGCUUCCCCACCCCAUCCAAGGAUUGGUGCUGUCCAGACUUCUGCUGUUCUACAGAUGUGGAGCUCUGUAAGAAAACAGACGAUGACAUUCUCAUUGUGCCUUUGCCUCAAGCUGAGCCACUUGGUGCUCCACCUGCAUAUCCGAGUGCUUUAUAUAUGUAUUAAACGGACAAACCAACAACUUGGAGCGCAGAAAUGGGUUGCUGCAAAAGUCUGGAGUGGCGUGAACUGCUGACGGAGCAAACACCAGCCCACAGUUCACCCUUGCGUGGCACCCCCGGUCGGCUCACCAGGUCCGAAGGGCCGUGUCCGGGGAGCUCUUGGUGCCCCAGUGUGUUCUGGGGACCCAGCCGCCCCUUUUUCUGCCGGUUGUCCAGAGUCCCAAGAGAAGCGGGUCUCGGCUUGGUUGGCAAGGCAAGCAGGCAGAAGGACAGCGGGGUGGGCAUCUCCAGCGCUUUCACUACUAUGCAAAACAAAAAGCAGGAAGGGGGGGUGGGGAACCCCAGAAAAAGCAAAGCACUCGCCUUAUUUCUGUGGAAUGUUUGGUCACCGCUGGGCUUCUGUGUCUCUUGUUGGGAGGGGAGCUGAACACGCAUUCUGCACACGGGAGCUGUCUGUGGCGUGUUUGGGAGACGGCCCCUCCGGCCGCCGUGUCUGUUCAGCGAUCCUGCCGCUCCCCAGUGACCUCCUUUCCCCUUGUUUGUGUCUGUCCCUUUUUAAAAAAGGCCUUCCAUGCUUUCAGGCAACUUCUUCUUUUUCUACAAACGUUGCUGUUGAGGGAGGCCUGCGUUUCUGUGCUGCUCUCCUCAACGCAGAGCGCGGUUGCUGGGGUGGCAGGGUGCGCUUGCCCGCCAUCCUUGGAAUCGGUGUUCACUGACUGGUGGGGCGGGCAAGAUGUGGGGGGCGGGGGAGGCUGCCGCCCACCCCAAGCGCCAGCUGCUGGGGUGGCUCCUGAGGAGCACAGCUCUAGCUGUAGACUGGAAGCGUGGCCUUCUUGCGGCCCCAUGGCGCCUCCUCAGAUCGACUGGAUGUAAGUAUUAUGUAUAGGGUGAGGAACUGCUUAAAAAGAAUGUAAGAGUAUUACUAUGGUUCCUGGAACUAAGACCGGACAGCCAUGUGUGUGUUCGUUCUCUCUCAGUGAGUGAGGCUAGACUUGUUUGCCAAAUAGUCCUUAGGGCUGGUGGCAUGUGGUUCCCCUCUGUUAAUUUUUUUUCUGGUGCCUUAGCCAGAAGGGGGGAAAGAUAGCUAGGAGGGAAUAUUUUUGCUGGUUAAGUCUUGGAGGAGGAAUCGGACUACUAGUGGUUAAAGCUGCUGAGUUUUAAGUAUUCCCCCCCCCCCUUUUUUUUUGGAGGGGAGGGAUCAGGUAUUUCUCUGCCCUGCAAAAUGCUUCCUAAUGACUUGAAGCGAGUCUGAGGGGACUCGGACUCCUCUCAGGUGGCUCCGCAAACGGACCCUGACGGAGCCGCUGUGGAGCCGGAGGGCUCCUGAUUCGGUGCCUCUGGAGUGCUCUUGAGUCCAUCCCCCGGGGAAGCCCAAGAUUCUGCUUUGCGAGGGAGCAUCAGGAAACCUCCGCACGGCGCCUGAAAGCCACAGGCCCCCUCGGCAAGCCUGGCUUCUCUGUGCUACCUGCCCCUGCUACAGGGGAUGAUGUCUCUGGAAUCCGGAGGAGAGCGGUGGCAUCCCCGUCCACGCGAGAGAGGCCCCAGAAAACCGGCUCCUUGGCGUGUCUCUUGAUUUGCUGCUUGCCACACACUCCAUUUGCUGCUGCUGCUGCUCUCAGGUCAGGAGCUUUGUCCCGUAGCGUAGUGACCUUUUUGAAACGUGUUGUCAAGCACCCCCCCCCCCUUUUGGAAAGGGAAGCUGUCAUUCCAAAGUGCGUGCUCCUUGCAUCCCUUUUCUCGCCAAAGCCAUCUCUUUUUCUCUUUGCCAGUUAGGGGACUGGGGGACAGCCUUUGCAGGGAUUGGAACCCAGUACUCUCCCCCAGGCCCCGUUGGCGGCUCCCAAGCCAAUGCUGAACUGUCGCUGCUCGAGGCACUUCACCUCCAAAGGUGGGAGCCCACCUGCUCGGAUGGGCAGUGGCGUGUCUGUCCCACUUCGCCGCUGGUCAGCUCUCCUUGAAACGCUGGGAUUCGUUCGGUAGCAGAGAGGCUGAGCAGUUUUAAAGAGCCGUCCUAUUGUGUUGCUGCUAAACUUCUUCGUACUUUCUUUUUAGAUGUCGGGAGCAUGGUUUGGGGUGGUGGGGGGGGUGGCGGCAUGGGAUUGUUAGUGGCAGGCAUGUUAAGACGGAGAGUAUUAGGGUGGGGGGGAAGGUUCUGGUGGGGUUUUGUAAGUGGGGAGGCAGAGCUGACGGAAGGGUUCGUCUCAUAGCUGUAAUGGGAAGUAGGAGUUGCAUUUUUCGCACGUCUAGAGGGAAGUGAGGGUUGCUUGGGGAAGAAUCAGUAGAAGGGGGUGGGGUUGGUCCUAGUGGGGAGGCCGGUGGCCGGUGUCCCUUGUGUCACAUGCCGCCUGUCUCUCUCUUGCAUUUUGCCUUCUUCACGUUUCGGAGGUGAGGCUCUCCUUUGUCGAAGGGAGCCGGUUCGGGUUAGGCAGUGAGUCGAUCCGCCCCUCCCGAGCUGCUGGUAGCACCCGGGGCCGCUUUCAGCUGGUGCUGCUGACUUGGAAGACCGUGGUGACGCCGCUGGGUUUGCGUGGAGCCCUGGCGCGGUGGCCGGACUCCGCGCUUGUCAGGGAUCAACGUGGUGAAAAUGCUGCACCUGGUUUUGAUGCCCUCCGAGGCCCUCCUCCUGUAAAGCUGUAAAUGUUUUUGAUCCACACGGCAGUGUCAUAUUGACACUUUUAAAAAGAAGAUUUAAAAUGGGGUGGGUGGGAUCUUGUUCCUCACGGGUUUUUUUAAGGGUGUUUUGUUUUUAAAAGCCAAACAUUUGUUUGCUUAUUAGCAAGGUGGCGAUCCGUCCCAUCCUUCCUGGGUUUCUACAGAAAUGGACAUUUUCAAUGGACAGUCUUUGCAUCGGCGUUAUGGAUGGUGGGGGUGGGGGGUGGGUGGCUGGGUCCAGCGAGCCCUUCUGUGGAAUCCGUCCAAGGGUUUAAUAUAUUUUCAUUAAUGGCCCAACAAGAAACAAUAAGUUGCUGUGUUUUAAAGAUGUUAAGUUUGGCAGCUUGGAACAGAGUGCAGAGGCCAGAAAAACGUGCUUUCCGUCCUUUCCCUCACUCUGUGUGUUGUUGGGGUGGGGGGGGAGGCCGUUUCAAGUGGGAACUUGGCCAAGGUGCCCUCCUCCCACUAGAGGGCAAGCAUGCGGCAAAUCUCUCCUGGACCGCUCUCCAGAUGCAUGAUUCAGGAGGCCAAUGCUCCCAUCUCCCCCCCCCCACCCCGCCCCCAUUGUGUCAGUCGGAAGCUAAAACCGAGAUAAGAAUCUGGUAUUCAGUUUGGGAUUGUGUUGUGUCUGGGUUUAAAAAAUAUAUAUAUAUUUAAACAGGUCAAAAUGCAGUUUUUGCAGCAAAGGGAAAAGCUGGAGAGUUACUAGAACUGCAGCUCUCCCGUGCUUUUAAGCCAGCUCUGUUAGCUUGCAUGGAUAUUUCCGAGCUCAAGGAUUGUUAUAAAUGGAGGCAUGGUGUUUUGUUUUGUUUGUUUUGCCUGGGAGCAUUUGGCAAGAGAGUAUCUGCAGGAUGGAGGCCUGGGCGGGGGGCCUCGUUCUCCCAGGGCGCCCUUUUUUGAGUGGCACGGGGCAGCGGUGCCUGCCUGUCUGCCGAAUUGUGCUUAAAAUCCGUGCCCAGUCCCCCUCUCCCGAAGAGGCUGUUCUAAUAAGGCUCUGCUUUGAUGUCCCUUGCAGUGGCGCUGGGCUCGGAGAGCAAACUGGUGUGCUCACAAGUUGAAACGGUUCCCAGCAGCAGGAAGCUUCCCGGCAGGGUGAAUUGGCCCUGGUGGGUAGAAGAGUCUCCGACAAGGUCUUGUAGAAGCAGGGGGUCAUUUCUACCGCGGCAUGCAUUGCCCCCUUGGUUUCAACACAUGCCUGUCCAAACGUAGCUCGUGGGGGCCCUCCUUGCCAUUGGCUCCUCUCUCCAUGGGAGGCAGCACAUGCCGAAGACUCUGCAGGCAGAGCGUGUGGGUUUCAGAAAUGGGUGGGGAGAGGUUGCGCUUGGGCAUCGGGGCUCUUUCAACAGGCUCACUGGGUCGUUCCACCAGGCUGGGGGACCAAACAGGUGCAGGCAUUGGAACAGCUUCUUCUGGACUGAGAUGGGAUCACGUUGUUGCCAGAGUGGAAACCUGGCUCUUUCCCUGCCUCUGGAAAUCCUGCUGCCCCGUCCCGUCGGUGAUGGACGUGGUCAUGGUUUCCCUCCCGACGCAUUUCCAGGCCUGUUUUCCAGAUCCCUUGCCAAGGUGAACUGGAGGACUUCUGCCUGCCAAGCGCUGCACCCGGCGCCUUGCUGACUCUGACUCUUUUGCAAGAGAGACCAGGAAGCGAGGGCCGCUGUGUGCCCGUCUUGGCAGGAGACGGAAGGCAGGGCCAAUUUUAAGCAGCCUGCUUUAUCAAAAGAGCAAAAAAAGGUCUGGGCGUUUCUGCUUGGCUGGAAGGUUUCCGUCUCCUUUGACAGGCCUGUCUACUUGAAGAAGCCGGGAUUGCAGAGCUUGGGCAGGUGAGGCAAGGAGUGAGGAGAGAGAUGCAUGAGCUGUGUCCGGUUUCCCUCCUUUGCUGUGACCCUUGGAAAGGCUAGGAAACGGCCUGUCUCCCCUGGAGAGCAGCCAUGCAGGGACUCCUGCACCCAAGCUGGGCCUUCCUCUUUCCUUCUCCCAGUUCCCCGGCCCUGGGAAGCGUGGGCAGGCAGCUAGAAACGUUGGUGAGGUAGUAACGGUCAUGGCCGUAUCUGAAAAGGGAGGCCGUGCCACGCUCUUGGCACUGCGAGGACUGCUCAGUGUGGACUAGCCGUGCAUCUGGUGGUCCCCCGCGGAUACUCCCUGAAGUUUGGGAGGCUUUUUGCAAAUCACAGGCUGGGAGAUUCCAGCAAAGGGAGCAUGCAGGUCUCGCCAUGCCACUGAUCUAGAAUCUGCCUCGCUGCUUGCAAAGAUCAGCCAAGCGCUGCAGAGAAACUUGUGAUUAGAAAUCUGGGCAUAGGUGUUUUGAUAUGUGUGUGUGUGUGUGUUCCAAAUAAUCAGGCUUCAUUGGAAGAAACUGACACAGUCCUCGGAAUGCAGGCACGGGUGCCUUUCCAAGGAGGCUCCAUUUUCUUUCUUUUUUUGGCGAGGAGGGGAAUGGUGAUUGUUUUAGAUCAUCCUUCUCCCCACUCCCUCCUGACGGAAGUCACUUAAGGACUCCUUUUCCAAUUGCAAAACUGACAACUUAAGAAUGGGAAUGACCCUGUUUACUGUAUUGUACAUAUUGUGCUUUGUAUUCUGUAUAUUAGCAUAUUUUAAGGGGGUGGGGGGGAUAUAAUCGGAUUAAUGUAUUUGCGCUCUGAUUGAGAGAGAGAGGUCCAAGGGUGAACCAGUUCCUAAGCUUCCUCCAGAAGGGCCCUUUUCUUUUAUUUUUGCCUCCACUUUGGAUCGGAGUGGCUUUCCUCCCCACUUCCCCGCGGUCUCCUUAGCUGGACAGCAGUGUGUUGCGUGCAGGCCUUUCACUUCAGAGAAGGCACCCAGAAAUUGGACUCGGCACAAGCUGUGAGCCUCUGCACACACCAAACACAGCCCUGAUCCGGCUCCCCAGAACACUCCACGGAGUUCUCCCCGCUUCUGUUUGGCCGUCCUGUGCUAUUGGUACUGCUUCUAGGAGAGGAGCUCUGGCCUUUGGUUCACCCUUCAGCUCUCAGAUUCUAGCAAAAGACUCUGUGUUGGUUCUGUUCUGUUCUUUCCUCUUCCCACAUGUCCAACAGGCUUCUCUGUGAAACGGGGAUGCUCUGAAGCUUGUUGGUGGGGAAAACGGGUUAUGGUCAUUCUUUGUUUCAAAGGAAGAAACCCCUGACAAUAAAUGCCAAACUUCCUGGUUCCUGAAA